UCUAGAUAAUGGGUCAGAUAGAUAGAGGACCAUCGGCCUUAAUCUGGUUGACUUGUGCGGAUCUCUCCUCCCGUUACGCGUCAGGAGGAUCUGAUAAGGAAUAAAUUGAUAUUUCUGCUGACAGUGACAUACGGAGCGAUAUUCUGCGGUCUCUCCUUGUCACCGGAAACACACGAUCAUAUUUACAAUGAGACGGUAGAAACAACUAACAGCGCGUUUGUGAAGCCUUAUAAAUAGGCUAGAAGGAGGAAAAAAAGGUGUUUCCAGCCUGAUAACCCGGCUGUCAAACAGAAGAGGACCAUAGAUGUGAUUCUUUGCCACUGCGGGCAGCGUCUGAACACAAAAAGCCAUCCAGAUGAUGUCAGGAAAGCAUUUCAAGGCUCAUGAAGUGAGCUGCUGCAUCAAGUAUUUCAUUUUCGGGUUCAACAUUAUAUUCUGGUUUCUUGGAGUGGCGUUCCUUGGCAUUGGGUUGUGGGCAUGGAGUGAAAAGGGCGUUCUCUCCAACAUCUCGUCCAUCACAGACUUGGGUGGUUUUGACCCAGUCUGGCUCUUCUUGGUGGUGGGUGGUGUGAUGUUCAUCCUUGGAUUCGCUGGAUGCAUCGGAGCACUGCGAGAGAACUCUUUCUUGCUCAAAUUUUUCUCUGUGUUCCUGGGUAUCAUCUUUUUCCUGGAGCUGACUGCAGGAGUUCUAGCCUUUGUCUUCAAAGAUUGGAUCAAGGACCAGCUCAACUUUUUCAUUAACAACAACAUUCGGGCCUACAGAGAUGACAUUGAUCUGCAGAACCUGAUAGACUUCACUCAGGAAUAUUGGGAGUGCUGUGGAGCUUUUGGAGCCGACGACUGGAAUUUGAACAUCUACUUUAACUGCACUGAUUCAAACCCAAGUCGUGAGAAGUGUGGCGUUCCCUUCUCCUGCUGCACCAAAGACCCAGCGGAGGAUGUUAUCAACACUCAGUGUGGCUACGACAUCAGAGCGAAAACGGACUCUGAGCAGCGAACCUUCAUCUAUAUCAAAGGCUGCGUUCCUCAGUUUGAGAAGUGGCUUCAAGACAACCUGACAGUGGUGGCGGGCAUCUUUAUUGGGAUCGCAUUACUACAGAUAUUCGGCAUCUGUUUAGCACAGAACCUCGUAAGCGACAUUGAAGCAGUGAGAGAGAGCUGUUUGUUUACCUAAAACCUCAACAGAAUCUGUAAAGGCAAGAAGGAUGUACCAGGACUCUGCAGUUUGGACGCCAGCAACGAAGAGAAAUACACUAAUCAGCUUAUGUGUCCAGAACAAAGAGUCUGAUAUGUAAAUAAUAAAUUUAGAGUUAUUUUUAGAGUGAUUUGUGGCCCUAUAUGGACUGAAGCAAUACCUCUGAAAUGUAUUGUAGCUCCCAUACAGUACAUGUUAAAGAAAUGCAGUGCUGUAAAUAAGGAGUGGAGCCAGUUGUUACUUGUUAACAGGAUAUAUGAUUUGUAGAUUUACGGUUUUAUCAGAGGUAGUGCCUCAGUCAGAGAAGGGGCCUUGGUUUUAUAUGUCUCACAGCUGCAGUAUUGAACACUGCAUGUAAGGGUCAUGUACAAAGAUAAGAGGUGUUCUGGAAAUGCACUGCAUGCCUUUUGUCUACUGGUAGGACAUUGGCUCUCUUAAAUGUAUUUCAUUAAUGUUAAGUAUUUUAAAAUAUUUGUAAUAUAGUCACUAGAUUAGAGUGAGUGGGCUGGUUAGCACUUUGUUGAAUGUUACAAUGGAAUCUACUUAAAGCUACAGAGAGGUUACUUUAGAUUUAUCUCCAUCUGUGAUGUCAUGCUGGUUUUUAAAAAGAUGCUUACAGCUUGUAAGCAGAGCUUUGUCGAGCUAAGGUGGAUUUGGUAACAUGUAGUAUUGUGAACGGUGGAUGUUGUAAGCUUUGCAAAGAUCUAGAUUUUGGGAAUGACAUUUGAAAAAAAAUGUCCAGAUAAACUGAAGUAAACCCGAAGAGCAGCCUUAAGCACUUUAAACUUCAUGUAAAAGUGAUGAAGCUCAUUGCAGCCUCUCAGUUCUUGUCAUGACAGACUGUUAUUUUAGUCACGCAGCAGCCACUGGAGGGGGCACUUAUCCUUAAAAACGUAUGCUACUCCAUAAUGUCAGAAAAUUAGUUCAAAACAGAUUGAUAGAAAAUGUGUUUCAGCACAUUGUCAGUAUUGUGCCGUUCCUUGCACAUGACCUUAUCUUAUUGUCAGUUAUUUUCAUCUAUUUUUGAAGUACUUUUUGACAGUGUCUCUGAUCAAAUCCACUUAAUUGAUGGGAUACUUUUGUUUCACUGGAAAACUGGGAUACAAGAUUUUUCCAAGGGUCGUCAUAAAUGGCAUACUGGGACUGCUUAGUGGCACUAAACUGGUUUAAAGCCUGCACACACACAUACAUAGACAUACAUUACUUGAAAGUAGAGCAAUCAGGCUCUCUCACCAGCAUUAUUUACAAUGCAAACUUUGAUUGACAGACAUGGGAUACAGCUUAGGUUUUUCUUCUAAAAAAGACCAGAGUUUAUCAGGUUUGGUUUCUAACCUUUAAUACAAAUGCAUGAAAGUUAAAGCAGCCAUUAAAUGUAAGUGCAGUAAAAACCAUUGAUGUAGCAUUGUUGUACUGAACUGAACAUCUUCACACAAACGGUUGAGAGAUUCCUGCAUUUUGAAAUCCUAUAAAUGAAAUACAGCAGAAAGAGGGUCGAAUAUCCUUUGUUUCACUUUAAGCUUCAUACGAUUGUCGUUGACUGAUCACACUUUUUCUUACCACUCAGUGCCAUAUUUGUGAUUUCUACAUUCUCCUGAUUAUGUCAUUGCUUUUCACGUUGCUUUUGAUUUGUGUGCCCUUGAUUCUUGUAAAUAACUGGAUUGUGACAAGUUGCAAAUGUAGAUAUAUGAAUAAAUGUUGUUCUUUGUAAA